AUGGUUAGAUGGUUGGGACCUCACUCAUACGCGCAGCUCACUAUCGCCGCCUGCAGCAUGGGUCAAGAACAGUCACUUGCACACGCAAGUGUUGCGCCAGUAAGACGCUAUGAAGAUAACAAUUACGCAAACGGACUCAGUAGAGCCUCAUCUAUCGAUUUGCCCCGAUCGAGCGAUUACGAAAGAGACAGAAACAAAUAUCGAAAAUCACGAAGAAGCACCGAUAGCUUUAAAAGCGACAACUCUUCCACAGAAAGCAGCGGCUACAGAAGCGGCUCGAGCGCAUAUGAACGUCAAUCUGAUAGGUAUUCAAAGAGCAAUUACUAUUGUAUUCCUCUGUACAAGAACGAUCAUUACAAACAUAUUACCAAGGAACUGUAUCGACCUGUAAAAAUACCGAAAGACAAACGCUAUAAACACUUGUUCGGUGAAAACGAAGAAAUAAAAAGUGAGCGUAUUAAGAGCUAUCUCAGUGAUACGGAGAAAGCUCAGCUCAAAGCGGGCCCGACGCCAAAGAAGGCCGGCAUCCGAAACUACACGCCGAAAAUAAUAUCUGUGGAGGAGCAGAGAAAAAAAGUAGAUAACUGGAUAUAA